GUCAAAAUACAUCUAAUAAUUUACUGAUAUUUUCCUCCGACCAGAUAAUCACUCGAUACAUACUGGUAAUGUGUGUGCAACAAGUUCGAGGGCUCUUCAACAUGACGAAGAAGAGUCCUUGUUCCGUUCAGGCUUUAUUCGACCUUUGUAAGCAGACUUUCACGCCGUCUGCAACUUCCCCACCUUCUUCUCAAGCCGUUCACAAACUUUAUUCCCUUUUAGAUAAAAUUGGUCCUGAAGAGGUUGGACUGAAAGAUGAGAGCUUAGAGGAUGAAAGAGGUCAUGGUCUUUUUGGACUUAAUGUCUUCAACAGGGUGGAUCGCUGGGCUCAACCGAUAACAUAUGUGGAUAUACAUGAGGAUCAAAACUUUACUAUGUGUAUGUUUUGUUUCCCAACUUCUGCAGUCAUUCCAUUGCACGAUCAUCCUGGAAUGACUGUACUGAGUAAAGUCCUCUAUGGAUCCUUGCACGUGAAAGGUUAUGACUGGGUUGAGCCAGCUUGCAUCAGGAAGAGUGUACAAAUUGGUCAUCCUACAGAUGAAAAAGUAUUAAGAAAAGGAAACAUGAUGCAUUAUUUGACAGUGAGACUAGCCAGGUUGGCGGUUGAUAAGGUCAUAACGGCACCACAUAGUACAUCUGUUUUGUAUCCCAAGAGUGGAGGGAAUCUGCAUUGUUUUACUGCCAUUACACCUUGUGCGGUUCUGGAUAUUCUUGCUCCUCCUUAUCUUGAAGCAGCUGGCAGAAGAUGUACCUACUACCAUGAUUAUCCUUAUUCCAGCUUUGCAAAUGGGGAUGAAAUUGUUGGUAAUGGAAAAGAACAAGACUAUGCGUGGCUUGCUGUGGUUGAUACACCAGAGGAUCUGUACAUGCGCCCGGGAAGGUACAUGGGUCCAGCCAUCCAAAGGUAGCAGUAUACAUCUUUAUCCUGCAAUCGAUUCGUUGUGGAGUGCGGAUGUUCAUGGUCCUUUAACUGUGACCCGACUA